CUACAAUGUGACUGCUGAUAUGAAGGCAAGUUUGAGUAUGAGAAUUCUUGUAGAGUUACUCCACUUCCAACCGACCAACACAAUGGCAAACCUCAGUACGCAGAAGCGUCUCGCUGCGUCCGUUUUAGAAUGCGGCAAGCGUAAAGUUUGGAUGGACCCCAACGAGCUUAGCGAAAUUAGCAAUGCUAACAGCCGUCAAAAUAUCCGUAAGUUGGUUAAGGAUGGUUUGCUCAUCCGCAAGCCUAACUUGAUGCACUCUCGCUUCCGUAUUCGCAAGACUCAUGCUGCCAAGCGUCUUGGUCGUCACACUGGUUAUGGUAAGCGUAAGGGUACUGCUGAGGCUCGUAUGCCCUCUGCUGUCGUCUGGAUGCGCCGUCAACGUGUCUUGCGCCGCCUUCUCCGUAAGUACCGUGAAACUGGCAAGAUCGAUAAGCACCUUUACCACAGCCUUUACUUGGCUGCCAAGGGUAACACCUUCAAGCACAAGCGUGCUUUGAUUGAGCACAUCCAACGUGCUAAGGCUGAAGCCAACCGUACUAAGUUACUCCAAGAGCAACAAGAUGCUCGCCGUGCCCGUUCCAAGGCUGCCCGUCUCCGUAGAGCUAAGGUUGUCGGCGAGAAGCGUGAGCAAGCUUACACCGCUGCUGAAAAGAUCGAGGAGUAGAUGCCUUUAUUUGAUUUCGCUUCUGUUCUAUACCUACAAAUACUACUUUUGGUUUUUUAAGGCAGUAAUUAAUUUUCUAUGGUUGAGGA